AUGAGAGCACUUGACUUGGUAAUAGACCGUUGUGAGGAUACCGUUCGCUAUACUAGUCAUAAUCUUCUUUGCUGGCUGCUCAGCUCGAGACUCCAGAAUCGUCAAGAGAUCGCUUUCAACCUUAUGGCAGAGACGAGUAGCGAGAUUAGAUACCGAAGGACUCAGAAGCAAUUCUUGGCUUUUAUCCUGCGAAUAUACCGAAUGCCGGGUGACUCCCGACAAGAAAUGAUGAAUGUGAAGAUAAAGCCCGAGAUCUCCACACAGCUAGAUAGCAUUUGGGAGCACGACAUUUGGAACCAUCUCGACGUGUCGAAGGGAACUUGGCCGGCCAUGGAAAGACAGGGAAGUCCCCUGGUAGGAACACACUCUGGUCCUAUGGGCGGCCAAUCCACUGAUGUUCCUCUCAACAUUCGAGCUUGUCAAGGGUCAGAUGGAAAAGAAGGCGUCGAGGAUGGCGAGAUAGACGAUGAGAACGUUGAAGCUUGGGAGCUUGAAGACGAAGACGACGACGGCUAUGAUGACUCUGAAUAUUAUGAUGACGAUACUGAUGGGUACACGGCUAGAACUCAUCAGGAUCUGUUCUCAGGCGUAUCAGGGGACUCUGCUGCAUUUAUAUUCGAUCAAUUCCUUGAACUCUUGUUUCAACUGUGUAUCAUGCUCAGUACCGAAAGCUUUCUCAAUGGGCAACCAAGCUCUACACUGCUUAUACAUUUCAGCGGUAUUCUUGGAUUUUCCGCGGAUUAUCAGAGAUUCCAACUCGCCCGACAGUAUUGCUCAAAACUAUCGGCGAUGAUUUAUAUACAGCGCAUAUUUUUCCUGGAGCAAGCAUUGCCUUUGCGUGGAUAUAGAUUUAUUGGCAUUUCACAACGACCGGAAGCCAGGCAGUUUGAGUGUUUCGACGAAGUCCGAACCAAGUAUAUGGUUCUAGACUCGCAGUACCCGUUGGCGGAGCUGGUAAGCCUUCGAGAUUUCGGACGUAAUGUUGCACGUAACGAACCACCCUCUAUGCUUUUCCACUGGAGCAAUGAUAAUGAGACAGUGUCUCAUGCGACUGUUCAAGUAACAAUGAACGACUUCCGCAAACUCCCGGACUAUUUUAUUACACAGGCAGAAGCACUAUGCGAUCGGUUGAUGUUUGGGAUUCAGCCAAAUAUUGACUUGUCGAGAGUCAAAGACGAUAUCACUAGUUCAAAAAGUGGUCACAGCUUUAUCAAGUACCCCGAGAAUGGUCUUGAGUCAGCAUAUUUGGAGUUACUAGUCCAUGCCUACACUGCAGGAAGAACCGGAUUAGCUCAAGACGGCCUUUGGAAGUGGCAUGCUGUGACAGCAUACUUAAAACUCGUUAGUAGGAUGGAGGAGCAGCUUGCUGGCGGUCUUUAUACUGCAUGUGGCCAGACACCACGAAUUAGGGAGCUUCUCAGUCUUGAGUAUGAGAAUGGUCCGAACACAAGCUGCGGAAUAUAUGCGUGGGGCGGCUAUAUGGUGUACGUCAUCCGCCAUCAUAAAGCAAAGCGACUAACGAACCGCGAAUUCUAUGUGGUCCGAUUCCUUCCGGUCAGACUCGGUCACGUUCUGUUUAAGUAUCUGGUCUAUGUUCGACGUGUGGCUGAUCUACUACGUCGCGAGCAGCUCGGUGCCGAUAGAAGCGCCCAGCAGUGCUUGCAGAUACGCCUACUAUUCCAAAAUAACGGGAGGCCUUGGCCUACCUCUCGCCUGACAGACGUUGUUACGAAGACCACUUUAGAAUUGUGGCAACAAAGGAUCAAUGUACGGACGUAUCGCCAGCUGGCUAUAGCAAUCACCGAGAAACAUGUUCGCGAGAUGUACACCCCUUUCAACAGGCACGACGAUUGGAGCAAUGAUGCUGAUAUCAACUCCAUAUUCGCUUGGCAAAGUGGUCAUCGGCUAUUUCAGCGUGGGAUCACGUAUGGACUUAAUGGAGCGUAUCCAUUCAGACUUCAGCCACCACUUCUACAGUGCUAUGAAUGGGCUUCAUUGCGUUGGCAUGAAUUUCUGCGUCAGUCAAGCAAAAACCUACGUUCUGUACCUAACGAGAUACCCAUCGCUCCCGAGUUAUUCCCAGCCAACGGGAAACGAGCCAUUACAGAGGUCCUCACAGACUCCAUAUCUCCAAUACCAUCCAGGACCACCUAA